CUAUUGAUCGCGGCCGGAACCUUGUGGCCUUCGCUCUUUUCUAUACUCGUCGUUCUUGUCAUUCCUUCGAGUUCUCUGGGUCGUCAAAACCGCCGCGUUCCUUCCGCACUUUGAUCCAACACAAAAUUACCAAUUAAUGAAUCGCUCUUAAACUCGCGAGCUUUACCUCAACUUCUACAGAUCUCUCACUGCUUUCUAUAAAAACCUCCAAUUCCAGCACCAUGGCGAGACCGAAGAUGGUGCGAGCGGACACCCUUGACCUCCAAGACGCGGAGGCACCAUCGGCGAAGGACCACACGAAGCAGGGUAGUAACGCGGCCAACACCCAGGGUACCCUUGCCCCCCACCAGGAACAAUCUAUCCGCCAUGCCGAUCAAGACUCGAAGUCGGAAAUGAAGCAAGGGCCCGGAGGAGUCUCGACGAACGGCGACGGAAUAGACAUGUAUGAUGACGAAGAUGACCUGGAUGGUGAUUUGAGACAUGGCCAUGACGCGGACGAUGGCGACAUCGGCGACGGGGACAGUGAUGAUAUGCUGGAUGACGAGUUUAUGGACAAAAUUUCUAGCUCCCCAUCGAUCGACGAUGAGGAUAUCGACUUUGAAUUCGUUUACGCCCUCCACAAUUUCGUCGCGACGGUCGAUGGACAGGCCAAUGCAUCCAAAGGCGAUACCAUGGUUCUUCUCGACGACAGCAACAGCUAUUGGUGGCUUGUUCGCAUUGUUAAAGAUGGCAGCAUUGGGUAUCUUCCCGCUGAGCAUAUUGAGACGCCAACCGAGAGGCUUGCUCGUCUGAAUAAGCACAGGAAUGUUGAUCUUUCUGCCACGAUGCUGGGAGACAACUCGGAAAAGUCUAAAAACCCGCUCAAGAAAGCAAUGCGACGCAGAAAUGCAAAGUCGGUUGCUUUCACUAGUCCGACCUACAUCGAAGCAUCCGAUGUCGAUUGGUCUACUGACGAGGAAGAUGAUGACGAUGCGUCCUUCGCUGAUGAGGACUUGGCGCGGGACGUUGUUGACGACAUUCAAGAAGAGCAAGACGAUGACAUUGUUGUGGAGCCCUUGAGAACUAAAUCACAGCGUGACAAGGUAUCCGAGGAAACGGAGAAGAUAGAUGAAGUGCAAGAAGCCGAUCCCUCUAGUCCUACUAAACCACGAUCGAGCCAGGACCUCCUGGAGCCUGAUGCCGAGAGCACUGUCAGCAGAUCGAGAAAUGGUACUGUGCGGAAUACGGACUCAUUCUUCAAAGAUGAGACAGUGGAAACGAAGAAGAUCUCACUUACUCCCAACCUUCUCCGAGAUGAGAACCGUGGCGGGCCUAUGUCACCUGAUUCGAAAGAGAGUCGUGGAAGCUUAGACACGCUGGACAAGGCAUCUAUCUACACAACCGACAAAGAGAAAGCCAAGGAAGACAAAAAACGCAAGGACAAGAAGGGCGGGAUGCUCAGUGGCUUGUUUAAGAGAAAGGAUAAGAAACCCAGGACUUCCGAAGAUGAGCCCGAGGACCUCGAGAAGGUCUCCGGCGAAUCAUCCCGAAUGUCACCACCGCCAAAGACCUCAAUGGAGUCGAUUUCUACCAUCUCUUCACCCGAGACGCGUUCUCCUAAGUCUGUCGCUGCCGUGCAAAGACAGACUGGUAAAUUGCAGAAGCCGUCUCCGGAGGCCGCUUCCCCCACCAAGCAGGAUUUCGAGUACACCUCUAGGGCACAUGAACGGAUCCCAGAGGAGGAGGAACCAUUAUCUCCGGACAUCCAAAAGCCAGACCAGACAAUUCGCCGUGUGGCGUCUGAGGAUGCUCAAACCGCUUCCCGGUCUCUCCAACAUGUUGGCACGCACGGAGAGGCUGUGUUGUCUUCUAUUGAUACGUCAAGGUCGCCAGCAAAGAACCAAAAAGACGAGCAAGAACUGGUUGAUAAACGGGCGUAUGUCCAACCGCAGUCUGUGAUGUCUCCGCCCCAAAAAUUCCCGCCAAGUCAGGGCUCAGAAAACCGGAACCAACGUUUGGACUCGCCUAUCCAUACAUCUCCCACGGUAUCUGGAGUUUCACCACUGGCACCAAGCAUGUCAUCACCGGGACGCUCUCCUUCUCCAGUCUCCCCGCCUCUGUCACCUGCCAGUGAUACUAUGGAUCGAAAAGCUAGCGACGCGACUUCUGUAUCGUUAUCUUCUGAGCUUCCUCCAUGGAGCGAUGCAAGCCUACGCUCGUAUCUUGACGAAGAAAAUGAUAUCCGCGAUCUGUUUAUUCUCGUCCAUGACAAUUCCAAUGUCCCACCUGCUGGUCCUGACCAUCCGAUAACCGGAAGUCUCUUCAAAGAAGAAAGCAAGAGGCUGAAGGAAAUGACCAGCCACUUGGACACCAUGCUAAGUGACUGGAUCACCCGGAAAGCACAGAGCACAACAAGCAAGUAAGGAUGGUUCGCACUCCGAAGAUACCUUUUCCUUUCUAUCUUUCUUUCUCUCUUUUUUCUUUCUCCCUUUUAUCUGGCUAGACUCGGGCCCGCGUUCCUAUGCAGCAAACGGCCUAGUAUUGGUUA